AUGGCCAAGAGGAAAGGGCUGCUCUUCUCUCUGCUCUACUUGACGGCAGAGUUCUGGCUCAGUUGGCAGCAGGUCCUCAGGAUUGGCGGCAUCUUCGAGACCCUGGAGAGCGAGCCCAUCAGUAUGGAGGAGCUGGCCUUUAAGUUUGCCGUCACCAACAUCAACAGAAACCGAACCCUCAUGCCAAACACCACCUUGACCUACGACAUCCAGAGAGUUAAUCUCUUCGACAGCUUUGAGGCGUCCAGAAGAGCCUGCGACCAGUUGGCGCUAGGCGUGGGGGCCGUUUUCGGACCUUCCCACAGUUCAUCGGUGAGCGCCGUCCAGUCCAUCUGCAACGCGCUGGAAGUCCCUCACAUCCAGACGCGUUGGAAGCAUCCGUCCGUGGACAAUCGAGACAGCUUCUACAUCAACCUUUACCCCGAAUAUGCCUCCAUUAGUCGGGCCGUGCUGGAUAUUGUGCAGUACUACAAGUGGAAGACGGUGACCGUGGUCUACGAGGACGCCACGGGACUGAUUCGUCUGCAAGAGCUGAUCAAAGCGCCGUCAAGAUACAGCAUCAAAAUUAAAAUACGACAGCUGCCGGUGGGGAGUAAAGACGCCAGGCCGUUGCUCAAGGAGAUGAAGAAGGGGAAGGAGUUUUACGUCAUUUUCGACUGCUCCUACCAAACGUCGGCUGAUGUACUCAAGCAGAUCCUGUCCAUGGGGAUGAUGACUGAAUACUACCACUUCUUCUUCACAACUUUGGACUUGUUUGCUCUGGACCUGGAGCCGUACCGCUACAGCGGCGUCAACAUGACGGGUUUCCGACUACUCAACAUCGACGACCCCAAAGUGGCUUCGGUAGUGGAGAGGUGGGCCACGGAACGGCUGCAGGCCCCCUCUAAGGCCGAGACCGGGAUGAUGGAAGGCAUGAUGACGACGGAAGCGUCCCUGAUGUACGAUGCAGUCUACAUGGUGGCGGUGGCCUCGCAACGCGCCGCACAGCUCACCGUCAGCUCCCUUCAGUGCCACCGACACAAGCCCUGGCGUUUUGGGGCGCGCUUCAUGAACAUGCUCAAAGACGCGCAGUGGAACGGCUUAACGGGACAAAUUGUCAUCAACAAGACAGACGGCCUGCGCAAAGAUUUUGAUUUGGAUGUGAUCAGUCUCAAGGAGGACGGAUUGGAGAAGAUAAUCGCGGGCAACAAUCGCCUGAAUAAAGUGUGGAAAAAGAUCGGCGUAUGGAACUCCCAGACUGGCCUUAAUCUAACCGAAAACAACAAGGACAUGGGCACAAAUGUGACCGAUUCCAUGGCCAAUAGGACACUCAUUGUCACCACCAUUCUGGAGAAUCCUUACGUGAUGUACAAGAAAUCGGAUAAGCCGCUGUACGGAAACGACCGCUUCGAAGGAUACUGCCUGGACCUUCUCAAGGAGCUCUCCAACAUCCUGGGCUUUUCCUACGAGGUCAAGCUCGUGUCCGACGGGAAAUACGGCGCUCAGAAUGACAAAGGGGAGUGGAACGGCAUGGUGCGCGAGCUCAUCGACCACGUGGCCGACCUAGCGGUUGCGCCGCUCACCAUCACCUACGUGAGGGAGAAGGUGAUCGACUUCUCCAAGCCCUUCAUGACGUUGGGCAUCAGCAUCCUCUACCACAAACCUAACGGCACCAAUCCGGGCGUAUUCUCCUUCCUCAAUCCGUUGUCUCCUGACAUCUGGAUGUACGUUCUCUUGGCCUGCCUGGGCGUCAGCUGCGUGCUCUUUGUAAUCGCCAGGUUCACCCCGUAUGAGUGGUACAACCCUCAUCCCUGCAACCCUGAUUCGGACGUAGUGGAAAACAAUUUCACUCUCAUAAACAGCGUCUGGUUCGGAGUGGGAGCGCUCAUGCAGCAAGGUUCCGAGCUGAUGCCCAAGGCCCUCUCCACGAGGAUCGUGGGCGGGAUCUGGUGGUUCUUCACGCUGAUCAUCAUAUCCUCCUACACCGCCAAUUUGGCCGCUUUCCUGACCGUGGAGAGGAUGGACUCGCCCAUCGACUCCGCCGACGACUUGGCCAAACAGACCAAAAUAGAGUACGGCGCCGUGAGAGACGGUUCCACCAUGACGUUUUUUAAGAAAUCCAAGAUCUCCACCUACGAGAAGAUGUGGGCUUUCAUGAGCAGCCGGAAAAACACCGCUUUGGUGAAGAACAACCGCGAGGGUAUCCAGAGAGUCCUCACCACCGACUACGCUCUCCUGAUGGAGUCGACGAGCAUCGAGUACAUCAGCCAGCGCAACUGCAACCUCACGCAGAUCGGGGGUCUGAUCGACUCCAAGGGUUACGGCGUGGGAACCCCGAUAGGUUCCCCCUACAGAGACAAGGUGACCAUAGCGAUUUUGCAGCUUCAGGAGGAAGGCAAACUUCACAUGAUGAAAGAGAAGUGGUGGCGCGGCAACGGCUGUCCCGAGGAGGACAGCAAAGAAGCUAGCGCUUUAGGCGUGGAGAACAUCGGCGGUAUCUUCAUCGUCCUGGCGGCCGGACUGGUCCUCUCCGUUUUCGUGGCCAUCGGAGAGUUCAUCUACAAAUCCAGGAAGAACUUGGACAUCGAGGAGGUGAGCGUGGGCCAGUGCGAGUGGCACAACAAAUAUUGA